AUGAAGGCUGCAUUGGUGUUUUUGUUGGCGGCGUUGGCUCAUGCUCAGCCAGAAAUGGACACGUCCGCAGCCACCAUUAAGCUCCAGGCUGAGAAGGCCUUCGAACACGACAUUGCCGAAUACACCCUGAAGGUGCUCUCGUGCCCCUCCGGAACUGGGCUCACUAUCACGAAGGCUGAGUGGAUAGCCACCUUCUCCGGCCAGCUCGACACUGACGAGAAUACCCCGGUUCGCUUGGACAGGACUUCCGACGUAAGGAAGAUUUGCCGCGGUCUCAACAACUGCAUCCUUAAGCCCAUUGCCCACCUCGAGAAUGUUGUUGACAAGAUCUACCACUUCUUCGGCGUGCCGUUCUCCAACGCCAAGUACACCCUGAAUAUCAGCGGAAUGUGCCAGUCGACGGCACGCAGGCCCACCGGUCGCGAGAUGGUCGCCUCCAUCGACCCCAGCCGUGACCUCGUCAUGGGUUGUGAUGAAGGCGAGGUCAUCAACCUGUCGUUCGUGCGUGGAGCCGGUCUUUUCCACACCUGGCAAUACAGGCACAACUACUGCAACAGGUCGUUCAUGGAGAACGCCUUCUACAUCUGCCAGAACCAGCGUAGCUGUACCGUCGACAAGUCGCUCUACAUCAGUGACACCGUCUGCAACUACCAGGUCAUCGACGCCCAGUACUUCUGCCGCCCCUCCUACCACAACGCGUAUGUCGACGUGAUCAGGAAGAACGGCAACGACGAGAUCAUCCUCACUGCCGAGGAGGACUCCUUCGUCACCGUCAAGGCGCCCGCCGAGUCCCUGCUGUCCGUCAAGUCGGCCGUCUGGGAUGUCGUCGGUAAGGAGUUGGAGGAGGACGACACCAGGAGGAACCGUUUGGAUCUCCUGCAAUUCUUCUGUGAGGGCCGCAGCAGCUGCACCUUCAGCCCCAGGAGGACUUCCAACGGUCUCCUUGACCUGCACCUCGGUGGUAUCACCUCUGACAACCAGAAGCCUUUCGUCUUCAAGGCCAAGUUCGGUAUUGUCAAGGGCACCCAGAACGCCGCGGAUUCCAACAUCAAAACCAUCCCGUGCAAGCACGGUCAGACUGUUGCCAUGACCUGCCCUAGCGACCGUUACAUCCGUGUAGUCAGCGCCCUCUGGGGAGGUGAGGUCACCGACACCGCCAGUCAACCCACCAACAUUUUCUGGGAGGAGAAGACCGUAGACGGCAAGCUCUACCGUACCACUGAAAUUGGUGCCUUCCUCGACAAGCAGGUGUUCAACAAGAGCGAGUUCACUUUCGACCCGUUCGCCGUUGUUAAGGAGAAGCGCCUGUUGCCCAACAUCGAGGGUAUCCGUGAGAACGACCACAGCCUCACCGUCAAGUACACGUGCGUGGACCUAGCCAGCAAGCCUUCCGUCUCCGACCUCGGCCUUGUCGACAUCAAGUCCCUCACCUCCGACUACGAUGAGGAGUACUCCCUCAGCAAGGAGAAGGUCAUCCCCUUCGGCUUCAAGAAGAACAACCAGUUGAUCGUCAUGAUCGAGAUUCAGGGCACCAGCGAGGUACAGGUUGGCAAGUUCCUCUCUAUUCAGCUCCCUGGUGGUGCCGAGGGCAAUUACGUUGCCACGCUCCCGCAGAACAACGCCGCCGCCGAGCACAAGGUCGAGCAGCCGUGCGACAACGCCGUAAUCAACGUCCUCUUCGCCGAAAACAAGACCAUCCACGUCACCACCAACCUUUACCGUGGAACUGAGCUCGUCGCCACCCUGGUGGACGACCUCACCAGCGCGUCUGAAAUCAAAUUCGAAGAAGAAGUUAAGGACAUUGUCCACGCCUCUGGAAACGUUUUGGGUAUGCGUGUGUUCUACAAGGACUUCACCCCCCGGUAA